AUGACUCUGUCGCGUUCUGCUCUGAUACUGCCUGGCUUUAACCGGGCGUCCCCACCCCCUGUGUGUCAUUGCCAGGAGAGGGGCAGUGUGCGCUCAGCUGCCAUUUCACUGCUUGGCAACGUGGUGAGCAGGGUGCAGGACCCGGACAAAGCCCUCGUGCAGCAGGAAAUCAUCCACUGCUUGCUCCCGCUGCUGCUGCAUCUUGCAGACCAGGAGGAGAGUGUGACACUGCGAUGUAAACUGACGCUCUUCCGCUGCGCAGUGUUUCUCGGCUGGGCUCAUUUGAAGAGGCUGUUCCGCAGCAUGGCCUGGGAUGGCUCCUCACAGCUCUUGAAGAGUGUCGGGAAGUGCCUGAUGCAGAACAACAAGAGCCACAUCCCCAAAUUCCUGUUCCAGGCCCUAGACUACCUGGAAAGCUCACAGACAACAAUACGACACUCUGCAGCCUUGUUCAUUGGAAAUACUAUCCACCAUUACUGUGAUUUGUUGUCUGAAACAGUGAAUGAAGAUGGCAUCUCCCGCCUGUAUGAAGCUUUUCAGGAAGUGCCUUUGAAAUCUGACAGGACCACGUGGUACAUCCUCAACAGACAUUAUAAAUGGUUGCAGAAGCUUGUAAAUCUCGUGUCGGGUUGUGCAUUUGACUAGGGAACCGGGACCGACACAGAAGAGCUCUUUGUCCUGCUAUGACAUCUAGAGGCCAACAGGAGCCAACUGAGCCCACCACUGAUCCCAUCUCUUGUGAGAUGGCAAAGCAGCUGUUGCACGGGAAGGAGGAGACAGAAGAGGCCGAGCAGCGUGUGCCGGGGUGUACCAGCCCCACGUAACCCCACAGUCUAGGCGGAGGAAGCCAAGCCCCUCCCCAGCCCUGCCGGACACUCUACAACUGGAGCACCAGUGUGAAAGGGAGCAGCUCAGCUCACGCUAGGCAGAGCGCCGAAAAUGGAGGAUGCACCAGUCCAGAAGCAGCUGAAGCCCCUGACUGCAGAGCCCCGAGGCGCCGAGACCCAGCCGCACCCCCGGGUGCCUGCAGACGUCCAAGGGAGAUCGGAGUGUCUGGGAGUUUCCCACGCCGGGAGCCCAGAGACCCCCAGCCCGUGGCCUAGAGACUUCUCCUCUGAAGUAACCUGGGUGAACGAGCCAUUGUCAUGCUGAGUGACGUCAGCAUGUUCUGGUUGGAUCCCCACUGACUCAACGGCAAACACAUUGGCCACGGACAAGGCCCUGGGCUAGGGCAAGGGGGAGUAAGGAGAGUCUGGGUCCCCCUGCCCUGGCUGCCAUUCAUCCUCGGGUGGCUGCCCACGUCCCCAUUGUGCCACUAGACUGCACAGCCGUUGACUCUGGUCGUUGGGCCACACAGCCCCGACGGAGAGGACAGCCGCACGGACUCUGGUCGUUGGGCCACACAGCCCCGGUCGGAGAGGAUGGCCGCACGGACUCUGGUCGUUGGGCCACACAGCCGCGACGGAGAGGGCGGCCGCACGGACUCUGGUCGUUGGGCCACACAGCCCUGGAUGGAGAGGACAGCCGCACGGACUCUGGCCGUUGGGCCACACAGCCCCAGAU